CGCCAAAGCCCAGACGGAAGUGCGGGCGGAGGAGCCGGAGCCGGAGCCCGAGACUGAGCCCCAGCCGGGAGCAGGUCUCGGGGGGCGGGCUCCGGGCUGUGGGAACUGCUGGGCCUGGCAGCGAUGGCGACUCUGUGGGGAGGCUUUCUACGGCUUGGCUCCUUGCUCAGCCUUUCCUGCCUGGCGCUCUCAGUGCUGCUGCUGGUGCAGCUGUCAGACGCCGCCAAGAACUUCGAGGAUGUCCGAUGUAAAUGUAUCUGUCCUCCCUAUAAAGAUAAUUCUGGGCAUAUUUAUAAUAAGAACAUAUCCCAAAAAGAUUGCGAUUGCCUUCAUGUUGUGGAUCCCAUGCCUGUGCGCGGGCCUGAUGUAGAAGCAUACUGUCUACGCUGUGAAUGCAAGUACGAGGAAAGAAGCUCUGUUACGAUCAAGGUUACCAUUAUAAUUUAUCUCUCCAUUUUGGGCCUUCUACUUCUGUACAUGGUAUAUCUUACCCUUGUUGAGCCCAUACUGAAGAGACGCCUGUUUGGACACUCACAAUUGAUACAGAGCGAUGAUGAUGUUGGGGAUCACCAGCCUUUUGCAAAUGCCCACGAUGUGCUAGCCCGCUCCCGUAGUCGAGCCAAUGUGCUGAAUAAGGUAGAGUAUGCCCAGCAGCGCUGGAAGCUUCAAGUUCAAGAGCAGCGAAAAUCCGUCUUUGACCGUCAUGUUGUCCUCAGCUAAUUGGAAAUCAUACUGCAGGUGAUUAGAAAGAAAUAAGGCAGACAACUGAAAAAAAAAUUGACUGAGUAUUCCUGGGUUUUGUUUUAAUACCCUGUUGAUUUCACCAACUCUUGCUGGGAAAGUCAGCAUUGGAAACAAAAAUGUGCUUGGUAUUUUAUUUUCUUGUUAAGGUAUUAAUACAGACAUUUUUAAAAGCACACACCUCAAAGUCAACCAAUAAACCUUUUUCCUAUUUGUGACUUUUACUAAUAAAAAAUAAGUCUGCCUGUAAAUUAUCUUGAAGUCCUUUACCUGGAACAAACACUGUCUUUUUCACCACACAGUUUUAACUUGGUUUUCAAGAUAAUUUUCAGGUGUUGUUUUGUUUUGUUCUGUUUUGUUUUUCUGGCAGGGGCGGGGAGGGAUGUGUGGGAAAUGGUUAGCUUAACUUUUCUCAAGUCACUUUACUAAACACACUUUUGUAAAUAGACUUAACAUUCUAUUUUCAAGUUUCAUUUAUAUUUUGCAGUGUAGCCAGCCUCAUCAAAGCCCUGAAUUACCCAUUUGAAUUUUGCACUGACUAUAUUAUCUAGGUAUCUGGUUCGCCUGUGGCUGCACUUUAUGGUAAAGUGGAUCUGAAAUACCUGGUGGCUCUUCAUAAAAUGCAGAUUUUCCUCAUGUACUGUGAUGUCCGAUGCAAUGCAUCCUAGGACAAACUAGCAAUUUGCUAGUUUACUCUAAUGACUAAACAUAGUCUGGUGUGUGUGGUCUUUCUCAUCUUCUUCUAGUAUCUUUAAGGAUGAAUCGUAAGAACUUGGACACUUGCAAUAAAGGAAUUUUCUUUUACCCCAAGCCUCUCUGGAUUGGUGACAUACACACCUUUGUCAACAUUUCCGGUCAGGUGGAAAGGCAGCUGUUUGAGCUCUAGUGUGUUCUGAGGUUCUGGGGGCCUCCUUCUGAAACGUGUAACAGUUAUUGGAUAACUGGCUUUUUUCUUUGGAUGUCCUCUUUGGAAUGUAACAAUAAAAAUAAUUUUUGAAACACUUA